AUGAAAUCAAUACAAUUAUUAAUAUUAAUCUCGGUGAUAUCAAUAACCAAGAGUAAAUUAACAACAGAAUCAACUCACGCCAUACUUAAACGUUUGGGUUUUGAUCUCGUACAAAGAACUCCAGUAAAUCAUCACAACAAAAGAGUAGCUCUCGAAACGAACAAAGCAAGAUAUCAUAAUGAUUUUUACAAUUCCAAUUCGGAUUCACGAAUGUUCGUCGUUAAACUUCCUCCGCAUUCACCAUAUUAUUCUCACAUGAAACCGGAAAAAUUUAAAAACGAAGCAUCGUCCAAACCGGCAACGAUAAUCAAAUAUCACAGGAAUAAAUUGUACAGAUUUAACGAUUACGGUUUGAAUGACACGAAUGUCAACAGUUUACACGUGGAAUCAGAUUCUCCGAUACAAAAUAUAUCGAUAACCGAAAAACACGGAGGAAAUCGUUUUCAAGAAAAUACAAAAAACAAUAAUUACAUAAACAAAAAAUUAAAUCAAAAAUACGUUAACGAAGUAUCUAAGAUAAAAAAUAAAAAUCACGGUCCUAAUUAUUACGUACCCGCCAUUCCUAAACAAAAUUCAUUUUACAAAUAUUUUACCGGAAACGGAAAACCCAAAUCAUUUUACGUCAUUGAAAAAAGUAAGAGACCUUCAAGACUUCACAGACUUUUAUGA